AUGCUCUUGGAGAAAAAACAUUGUUUUAUAUUUCUUUAUUCUUGUUUCUUCCUUGUUUCUCUCAUGGUUUUUCUAUAUUUCUGCGACCAGAUCGUCUUUCAUAUUGUGACUUUCUCUCUCUCUCUCUCUCUCUCUCUCUCUCUCUCUCUCUCUCUCUCAUUCAUGUAUAUAAUAUCUAUCUAUCUAUCUAUCUAUCUAUCUAUCUAUCUAUCUAUCUAUCAAUUUCAUUCUGUUCAGAUCUAUCUACCUAUCCAUAUAUCUAUCUCAUUAUGUUUAUAUCUAUCUAUCUCAGUUUGUUCAUAUGUAUCUAUUUAUCUAUCUCAGUUUCUUCAAAUCUAUCUAUCUAUCUAUCUAUCUAUCUAUCUAUCUAUCUAUAUAUCUAUCUAUAUAUAUAUAUAUAUAUAUAUCUCAUUCUCUUCAUAUCUAUCUAUAUAUCUCAUUCUCUUCAUAUCUAUCUAUCUCAUUCUCUUCUAUCUCACUAUCUAUCUAUCUCAGUUUCUUCAUAUCUCUCAUUCUGUUCAUAUCUAUCUCAGUUUUUUUCAUAUCUAUCUAUCUAUCUAUCUAUCUAUCUAUCUAUCUAUCUAUCUAUCUAUCUAUCUAUCUAUCUCAUUCUGUUUAUAUCUAUCUAUCCAACUAUCUCAUUUUGUUCAUAUCUAUCUAUUUCAGUUUGUUCAUAACUAUCUAUUUAUCUAUCUAGCUCAGUUUGUUCAUAUCUAUCUAUCUAUCUAUCUAUCUAUCUAUCUAUCUAUCUAUCUAUCUAUCUAUCUAUCCCGUGACGCAUUUAUUAUCCUAACCCAUAUAUGUAGCAGUUACUUUAUCUGCGUAAACAUCUAA